ACGAUUCAAAGCCCAUCAGAAGCCGAAUGUUCCUCUUUUUGCAUUUGAGCUGAGCAAUGGAGACCUUGAGUGUGGAGGUGAACAUGUCUGUACAGGCAGGGGCAGCAAUGGCAGACCUGGAAAAGGAGGCCCAGAACACAACCAGCUUUAAAUUAUGGGCAGGAGCAAAAGCCCCACAAGUAGUCCACACAGGCAGUACUGGAGAACUACAUAUGACGGAUGCUCCAAAACAGAUUAAAUGUGAACCAGAAGAGGGGCUGCAACAGCACUGGGAGGCCCAGUGGCAAGAGUUCCUGAGGUCCCUGCAGGCCCCUGACGCAGGAUGGGGGAACCCACGGAUGACCACUGAAUUCACACCAUGGGAGGACACCAAAGCUUUCCUGGCCUCCUUCGAGCAAGUUGCUUUGGCCUGCCAAUGGCCUCGUGACAAGUGGGUGACCCUCCUCAUGCCAGCCCUCAGUGGGGAGGCCAAACAAGCCUUCAGCCGACUUGGUAUGCAGGACAGAGAGGAUUAUGGGAAGGUGAAGGUGGCCAUUUUGGAAAGAGAGUCCAUCGUGAGGGAGAGGCAGCGUCAGCACUUCAGGCAGUUCUGCUACCAAGAAGUGGAGGGGCCCAGAGCCGUUUAUGGCAAACUCCAUCAACUUUGCUGUCAGUGGCUAAAAGCAGAAAGGCACACGAAGGAGGAGAUCUUGGAGAUGCUGGUCCUGGAGCAAUUUCUGACCAUUCUGCCCCAGGAAAUGCAAAGCUGGGUCCGGGAACAUGGCCCUGAAUCCUGCAUGCAAGCAGUGGCCCUGGCAGAGGAUUUCCUGUCGAAGCAGAACCCCCAGAAAUGGGAAGGUCAGGGUUUGCCGCCUUUGGGGAUGGUGGGUGCAGAUUCCUCUGAGACAGACCAAGUUCUGUCGUCUGAUGCCUGGAAAAGUCAGCUUGGCAAGGUAGCUGAGCAACACAGGAAAGGAGAUGGAGACUUGGUUGGUGACAAGCAAGGAUGUGAGAAUGUGAUGGAGGAUCAUCAUCAGGGAAGUUCUGUGCUGGUGGUGCCAAAAGAGGAAUCGCCAAAAAGAGGCCACACCUUCCAGUAUUAUGAGGAGGCCACAAGGGUGCGGAUUCAGCAAGGAUCUGAGAAGGAAGAGGGACAGGAUCCAGAGGAGAGAGUGGCUGAAGCCAUUUCCUAUUGGGAACGUGAUUCUUGCAGGAAAGUAAGCGAGGCUCGGCAAAAUAUCAUGUGCAACAACGGAGAAUCGACAUUUGAAAAAAUCUGCUCUGUUGAAAAUGUUCCGUACCAAGGGGCAGCCCCCAGCCCAAGCCCAGCCCUUGUGGCCAAUGAGAUGACCCAUCUGGGAGAGAAGCUGCAUAAAUGUUCCUAUUGUGGGAGGCGCUUCUGUCAUAGCUCAAGCCUCGCCGCUCAUGAGAAGAUCCACACAGUGUUUGUAGACUGGACCUUUGCCAGAGUGGUGAAUUUUUCUCAAGAGCCUCUGUCUGUUUGCACAGGAGAGCUUGAGGGACAUCAUCUUCAGUCACUGGAGAUUCAAGAUCCAUCACUGAAAAGAGGCAAGACUUCCCAAUGCAAUGAAAAGGGAACACGACUUGAAGGUCAGCAGGGGCCCAGGCCAGAGAAGAACCUGGAGGGAGAUAUUCCCAGCAGAGGAGGGAACUUCAGGUGUGAAGAUGUUAAAGGCCUCCCCAGACUUCACCACUGUCACUGUGGGAGGAGCUUCAAGCACCGCUGUAAUCUCAAGGCACACGAGAGGACACACACUGGUGAGAAACCACACAAGUGUUCUGACUGUGGGAGAAGUUUCGGCAAGGGUUCAACUCUCCGGGCACAUGUGCGGACCCAUACAGGAGAGAAACCGUACAUGUGCUCAACAUGUGGGAAGAGGUUUACAACACGAUCGGGUCUCCUGACUCAUGAGAGGAUUCACACAGGAGAGAAACCCUACAAGUGCUCGGACUGUGGUCGAAGCUUCAUUCAGAAGUCGUGCUUGCUGGCCCAUGAGAUAAGCCACAAAGGAGAAAAGUCGUAUACGUGCUCUGACUGUGGGAAGAACUUUGGGCAUAGCUCAGGGCUUCGUGUGCAUAGGAGAAUCCAUUCUGGGGGGAAAGCCAUAGAAAAACUCUGUGUUGGGCAGAAACACAAGAAUUUGGGAAGUAAUCUUCAAGAGGAAGGUACUGAGCCAGUGGGACCAAGUGAUACAUCAGUGGAGAGGGGCAACCUUCUCUGGUACUACAAGGAUGCAACAAGGUUAGGGAGUCAGCAAGCCCCAGAUAGUGAGAGGGGACAUGAUCCAAUGGAGGGUGUAGAUGAAGCAGAUCUCUGUGGGGAAGAUCAGUUAGAUAAGGAACAAUCCCAAGACCAUGAUUGUGAGGGACAGGAAACAUGUGCAGAUGAAAAAGGAAACUUUGGGCAGAAAUCGGGCCUUCCGAGAUGUCAAAUAACACACACAGGAGCAAAACCAUAUAAGUGCUCAGAGUGUGGCAAGAGCUUCAGCCGAAGCACCAACCUUCUAGUACAUGAAAGGACCCACACAGGAGAGAAACCGUAUGAGUGCUCUGACUGUGGGAGAAGCUUCACCCACAGCUCCAAUCUUCGGGCGCAUGAGAAAAUCCACACAGGAGACAAACCGUAUGUGUGUGCAGACUGCGGGCAGACCUUUUACCACAGUUCAAGCCUUACGGCGCAUGAGAGAAUCCACACCGGAGAGAAUGUGCACAGAUGCCCACACUGUGAGAAAGUCUUCACCCGUAGCUCUGUCUUUCGGAAGCAUGUCAGAAUUCACACGGGCGAGAAACCUUUCAAAUGUUCCAAGUGUGGGAAAAGCUUCUCACAGAGGUGCAAUCUUAUUAUACAUGAGAAGACCCACACAGGAGAGAAACCUUUUAAGUGUUCUGACUGUGGAAGAAGCUUCAGUCGAAAAUGUGACCUCCUGGCUCAUGAAAGAAUCCACACAGAGAAAGACCCAUAUAAAUGUCUGCACUGUGGGAAGAGUUUCUCUCAAAAGUCCAACCUUGUGAUACAUGAGAGAAUCCACACAGAUGAGAAUCCAUAUCCAUGCUCACAUUGUGGGAAACGCUUCCGUCAGAAAGGAAACCUCAUGAUCCAUGUGCGAAUCCACACGGGAGAGAAGCCGUACCAGUGUACAGACUGUGGGAAGAGGUUCAGUCAGAAGGAAAUGAGGCAGAAGACAUGCUUGACACCACAGGAAAGCCUACCACAUGACAAAAAGCAAGAGAUGUCAUCAGGAUGUACUAAAGAGAGAAUGUCCUUGUUUCAUCAGCAGGGAGAUGAUGUUGAAAGCCAGCUUGCAAACUCAGCAGAGAAGAGAUCUGAGAAGUCUAAUUAUUGUCCAGGGGUCUACAAAGACUUAAGUGAUUCAACCAAGCACCAGAAAAUCUGUAAUAUUAAUGAGGGGCAUGGGACUGAAUGGGAGAAAAGCUGUGGUCAGAGCUCGGUCCUCAUUCCAUGUGAUGAAACUAACAUCAUCGAGAAACUUCACAAAUGUCUGGAAUGUGGUAAAAGCUUCCAUUACAGAUCCAACCUUAUUGCGCAUGAGAGGACCCACACAGGAGAGAAACCUUUUCAGUGUGCCCAUUGUGGGAAACGGUUUCGCUUGAGUUCACAUCUCUACAGACAUCAGAAGCUGCACACAGUGGAACAGCCAUACACAUGUCCAGACUGUGGGAAACUCUUUCGUCACAAAACCAGUUUCGAUGCGCAUCAGAGAAUCCACACAGGAGAGAAGCCCUUUGUGUGUUUGGACUGUGGGAAGAGCUUCACUCAUCAGUCAGGCCUCAUUGUCCACAGAAGAAUCCACACAGGAGAAAAACCAUAUUGUUGUGCAAAGUGCGGAAAAAGCUUUGUUGAUAGGUCAACAUUAGUGAGUCAUGAGAGAGCGCAUACGGGAGAGAAACCACAUAAGUGUUCUGAAUGCGGAAAGACAUUUAUUCACAGAUCAAGGCUCAUUGUCCAUGAAGAAACCCACACAGGAGAGAAACCAUACAAAUGUUCAGACUGUGGCAAAAGCUUCAGUUUAAGUUCUGCCCUCCUUACACAUCAGCAGAUACAUAUCGGGGAAAAGCCAUAUCAGUGCUCAGACUGUGGGAAGAGCUUUGUUCAGAGAGGAAACCUUGUGGCCCAUGAGAGAACCCACACAGGAGAGAGGCCAUAUAAAUGCCCAGACUGUGGGAAAUGUUUCAUUGUCAGCUCAAGCCUCCGAACUCAUCGAAGGACCCACACAGGUGAGAAGCCCUAUGAAUGCUCAGACUGCGGGAAGAGCUUCAGUCAAAGUUCGGUCCUCAUGAGACACCAGAGGAUCCACACAGGAGAGAAGCCGCACGAGUGCUUGGAUUGUGGAAAGCGCUUCUCUCAGCGGUCAAGCCUCAUUUCACACACGCGAACCCAUGUGCGAGAGAUACCAGACUGAUUAGGAAACAGAAUUAAAGAGACCAGGGUACAGAA